GUUUGUGACUCAAUAAUUUGUAACGCUUAGAGUGUAAUACCGAAGUUACAUAUAUGGUGAAUACCUGAAGGAAUCUCAUCAUGAACCUCAGACCGGUUUGGUUUGGAAGGCUACAACAAAGGCGAGACUCUGUGCUAAGGAGGUUCUCUUUCAUUCACUGGUAUACUUUCUGGUGUUUACUACUACAUUAUACAGAUGCAAAUUUGCCCCUGAGUUUUGAUGAAGAACCAUCGUCAGUCAUGAUGGAAUCUGGCAACAAACGGGCAGUUUUUCGUUGUUCAGUGAACCAACCAAAUGCAGACAUCAGAUGGCUAUGGAACGGAGGGCAUGUAGAACAAUCUAAACCUUAUCAUUUAAGGCUGAGAACAAGGCGACAGAAACUUAUUGUUAGACUUCUCAGAAAUGAAAAACAUAGUUCUCAUAACAACCAUAGGCAUUCGUCACAACCACCUGAGAGUGAUCAGUUUCAAUGUAUUGCAUAUCACCAAGGGAUGGCAUUGGUCAGUAGGCCAGCAAGGCUUAUUGUGGGAGAGCUGCAACCUUUUCCACCAGCAAAGGAUGUUAAACUCUCUGUUGUAGCUGGAAAUACAGCUGUAAUCCCCUGUAAUCCUCCUUAUGGAAAUCCCCAGGUUGUCACAGAGUUCACCUUCAAUGACACAAAAAUUGAUCAUUCAGCUAAAUACCAACGACAACCAUCAGGUGACUUACAAAUAUUCAAUACUCGGUUAUCUGACACUGGGAUUUACAGAUGUUCAGCAUAUAAUCCACUUACAGAGCAACAAGUACAAGCCCAGCAUAAAGUAUUGCUUACUGUAACAAACAAUAGAUCUUCUAUUCCACCUAGCUUUACUGUAGCUCCAAAUGUAACUGUGAGUGUAGUGAUGGGAAGUAAUGUAACCUUGGAAUGUGUAGCUACUGGAGUACCACCACCAAAUAUAACAUGGUUGAAAAAAGGUAGUCAGCUUCAUAAACGACAGCAUUCACAAAUAGGAGGUAAUUUGUUAUUGGCAGCUGUGAGAAGAGAAGAUGAAGGAAUGUAUAUGUGUGUGGCAUCUAAUGGCAUUGGAUCAGAGGUAGUUCGGUCCACAACUUUAGAGGUUCAAGAGGUUCCCCAAAUCAUAAAGUUCUCAGAGGAUAGAGAAAUAGAAGAAGGAAAAUCAUUAACCUUGCAAUGCAUUACGAAAGGACAACCAAAACCUGCAAUUCAUUGGUUUCACAAUGGAAUAAAAAUUGUUAAGGGACCUUGGAUAAUACUUAAAAAUGACAUAUUGAUAGUCAAGAGGACAUCUCAGAAGCAUUCAGGAAUUUACCAGUGUUUUGCAACUAAUCAACUGGACACAACUUGGGCUUCUUGUGUUGUGACUGUUAUAAUGGGAAAUGGAACCACAUCACACUAUGAUGCAUUUUAUGUCAUGCUGGUACCACCAAGCAAGCCAAAUUUAACCCCUUUGUCAGAUGACUCUGUAAUGGUGCGAUGGAAUGUACCAAAGAAUGAUGGACUUCCUAUCCUCUUUUUUAAAGUCCAGUACAAGGAAUCUGGAGGCCAUUGGAUGACAGUUGAUGAAGACAUAGCACCUCACAUUCAUUCUUAUGCAAUAACAGAACUUCAGCCUGGUGCCUCGUACAGGUUCAGGAUAGCAGCAGUUUAUUCAAAUAAUGAUAAUAAACAUGGACCAAGUUCUUCAUAUACAUUGUUGAAAGACCCUCCAAUGAAAAAACCUGUUAUUGGUCCCAUUAUAGUUCAUGCUGAGGCUGAAAGUCCAUCAGCCAUCACAAUACAGUGGCAGUACAGGGACAUCGAUGCUGUUCCCAUUGAGGGCUACUUCAUUCAUUAUCGUACAACACAUAGUGCUGGAGACUACAACAAAGUAACUGCUUUAGGCUCAAACACUCGCUCGCAUACCAUCACCCACCUUUUACCAGACACCUCCUAUGACAUCAAGAUGCAGUGUUUCAAUGCUGCUGGAACUUCAGACUUCUCCAACAUUCUUAAUGCCAAAACCUCACCCUCGGCUAUAUUAGAUGCAACCACUGAUGGUUACCCAGUAGGCCAAAAUGGCAACAGAGGGAACUACAAUGACAAUGGAAAUAUUGAGGGAAGCCUGCAAGGAAAUCAGUUGCUUUAUCUGGUCCUGGGAAUAGUCUUAGGAGUUAUGUUACUGGUGCUGUUUGUAUUUCUAGUUUUGUGCAUCAUCAAGCAGAGGCAACAGAGGAAUCUUGCAAGAGGUAACCAUGUAGAAAGUCAGGGGAAGCCCACUUCAAAUGGUCAUGUGAUUACUGGAAACGGCCACAUCCCAGGUCAUGAAAGAAUUAAUGUCAGUGUUAAUCCUCUUUCAGAAAUAAAUACUGAUGAAUCUGGAAAAUCCUUGGAACUUAAUGAAAUUCCAAGCAACAACAAUGAGUUCGUGCUCAGGAGCACCUUAAACAAUAGCACUGAUAGUAGAGGUGAAGUUGAGGCACUACUAGAUCAUAAUAUAGUUAAAACAUUACCACAAGAAAGUAAUCCAAACAGGAAUCAGCCUGACAAGUACAUUGGAAAACAAAGUGAUGAAGAAACAAGUUUCAUUUCGAGUGAUCAAAGCUAAGACUGAUGUAAUGCUAGAAUUAUUGUUUUCUGUUUUGUAUUCUUUGUUAUUAUAAUAACAGAUAUCACAACUGUCUGGUGCCAAUUCAAACUGAAUUCAUAUUACAGAGGCAUUGUGAAAACCAGUGGUGUUCGUUCAUAUCUAUAAAAAACUAUAUUUGUACAACCAGAGAUUAUAUCAACUAUGGGCAAGGUAGGAGGCAAACCAAAGUGCAGAAUUUUAAUGCAGUAUUUGAUGUAUUUUCUCAUAAAGACAGAGAAACAGCAAAACUGCUUUUGAGAUGGCAGCUUGUAAUGGUUGUUUAUUUUGUUCAGAAAACCAAGAUCAAACACAGCAGGCCCAAAGUGAAAGUUACCUCAACUAGAAAUAUGAUUUGUGAGCUAAUAGUUUUGAAAACUGAAAAAAUAAUUUUUUUUUGAGAUACAACACUUGGAAGAUGCAAGUAAAGAAAAAUGUAUAUACUGUAAAUAGCAAAAAACACAACUUUAUUUUCUUUCAAAUCUGGGAUUUUUUAAAUGCAUGUAUUAUAAAGAUAAUUCAGUAGGAUAAUCAGUUCAGGUGAAUUUUAUGUGUUACCCUGGUGUUUAACUGACUUUUUAAGUGUUUUAAUUUUACUGAAGAAUUCUUUGUAAAUUCAGAUAUCUGUUGUAUUCUAUCUCUCAUAUAUAUAAUCUUCUUUAAACAAAAUAUAGCAUGUUAAACUGUGUUUAUGUGAAUGAUGUAAAAUGUAAAACAACAACAAAAUCAUCAUGCUGUGAAUUACAUUUGUUGAAAAUAUUGAAUGCAACUUGAUUUUAUACAAGUGUAUAAAAUAUAUUGCUCUGAUAGGUUUAAACUGAUAUACUUUCUAUACUAUACUAUAAUACACUAUACUUUCUAAUUAAUGCCAUAUUCUGUUAUAUGCUGUAUUAUUUAACAGUAGGUAUCCAAACUCCUGACAUAUAUGUUCUAUUACCUAAUUCAGGAUCUUCCAUUAUAUUUUCUGUCACUGUCUUACAGCUUUGUUACCAUAUUUUCACUUUUCAAAUACCAUCUCAAGGGUUGCCACUAUGUCCAAGCAAAAAAAAAAAA